AAGCAGCGGGGUGAGAGUGUUUGUGUUGUGGUGCCUCGUCAGGACGUGCACAGUGGACCUCCUCCAUCACUUCCACCGCUCCACACUGCCGGCGGAUUUUCAGCUUUUUUGCUCCAUUGAGUUAUUGUCUAAGUUUAUUUGAAGUGUUUGGAUUUUUGAGAAGAGGAGGGGAAAAAAAAGGGGUUCCAUCCUCCUCACUUGUGCAGACAUGCAGCGGUGCACAGCAGUGCUACUUUUGCUGGUGGUGGCCUUAUACGUCCUGAGUGCAGAAGCUUACAAGUGCCGGUGCACCAGAAAAGGACCCAAGAUCCGAUACAAGGAUGUGCAGAAGCUGGAGAUCAAGCCCAAAUAUCCCUACUGCCAGGAAAAGAUGAUUUUUGUGACGAUGGAGAACGUGUCCCGCUUCAAGGGUCAGGAGUACUGCCUUCACCCCAAACUGCAGAGCACCAAGAAUCUGGUCAAGUGGUUCCGCAUUUGGAAAGACAAACACAGAGUUUACGAGGCCUGAAUGGGCGGCGAGUCAGCACAACGAGAUCAAAUAAACAACUACGACACUACUGGGACUUUUUUUUAAGGGGAACGUUGCAAAAAAAAAAAAAAAAAAAUCUGCCGUACUUCCUCUUCAAGCCAUCCAGACAUAAUCCAGCUAGUUGUUUUCUCCAACUAUAUUGUUGUUUUUUUCUAUUUUGGUUGUAGUUUCUACUUCUAAUAUUGGCUCUGAAGCAAUGUUUGUCUGAAAAGAACCUUUCACUUCCCUUCUCUCUAUCGGAGGGACGUCAAUAAUCCGUUUAUUUUCGAUACUUUCUAACAAUAUCGCAACACAAUUGCAUCUGCAAAUAUGAUAAACAUCGCAUAUUACUCAUGUUUUUGUAUUCAUUCCGAUGUCAAAUUGCAUUUUUGUAAACAGCCUAUUUUGUUACAACGACUUUAUAGUGUCAUGUAUGUUACGCUCUUUCAUUAUAGCUGUUUUGGUUUUGAUAUUUUAUUAGUUUUGGUCCGGGUGGGCGUUCAACGUUCCAUUGUGUGUUGAAAAAAACAACAACAACAACAACAAAACAGAUAAACACAGCAAUAAAGUGUCUAAAGGCAA